AUGGUCGAUUUCUGUUACGCUUACCUCGGCCUUCCCACCACGGUUGAGACUCUCUAUACUAUUUUCCGGCAGUACAAGUCUCGUCUGGAUAAGCAGCAGCAAUCACACAAGAUCACAGCCCCGAUAACGUCGGACGGUCAGGAAAUUGCGUUUUAUGUGGUACAAGCGUUGCCAUACCAUCUUCAAAGCUUCCAACCUGGCGAUUCAUCGAACAGUCUGCGAUUCUUCUUUGAGAAGUCCACAUCCUCUUCCUCCAUGCUAUGGGCAAAGAUCUAUUGGGGAAUGAGUAAUCCCAUGUCUCGAACUCCAGACCCGCCUAACUCGCCGCUGUCGGUCCUUUUUGGGCUUGGGCUGCUUUCCCAAGAAGCCAUGAAAGAGAAAGACGAGGCAUUACAAGCCGAGCAUGUGGUUGCUGCUGUUGCUAAUGGCAGAGGAAACGAGGUUGCAAUGUUCUUCGAGCAACGCAGCUCUAUGCUUUCAGUUUAUAUGGACGUGCUAGUGGUUGCCGUCCAAGCUAAUGAUGAACACAACGCACGGAAGGCACUGGACGCAGCGAAGUCUGUGCCGCCCAAUUCUGAAUGGGACCCAACCACACCUACAUGGCCGGACCAUGUCAUAUGGGCAGCAACGUGGCUCAAUAUGGCCAACCUGGUAGAGACGUUGAUCGGGAACAGAGUCGAUCCUAACCACGGGGAGGCGCGCGAUACCUCGACUGGCUCGGCGAUUCGCUUCUUUCCCUCGCUGAUCUACAUGGCAUCUAGACUUGGUCACGCGAGCAUUGUGAAAAAACUGCUUGAUCGUAAUGCAAAUGCAAAUAUCCUUAUAGAAGGAGCAUCUGGCAGUUUUCAAACGGCGGCGAAUGGGGGCCAUACCGAAGUCCUUCGAGUAUUUGUCGCCCACGACAGGUCUCAUCUAAGAUCAAGGCUGCCGGACACUGCUCUUUUUAGUGCUUCGGCCUGGGGAAACUGGCGUUCCGUGGUAGAGCUCCUUGAGCUCGGGAGUCACCCUGACGACGCACCAGACCCAUCCGACGAUGACCCUCCACGCUGGACCCCUCUCGCAGCCGCAUGCAGCAAGGCAGCUCCACGAACCGUCGAAACUCUUCUGAACUACAAGGCAAACCCCAACAUCAUUGGUGCCAAUGGUGUGGCAACACCCCUCUGGUUUUCCGCCGUCAACGUGCCCAACGACGAGUGCGUCCGCGCUAUGCUCAGGCACGGUGCAAAUCCUAACCACGAGCAAUUUAAACAGCCACUGUUAAACGCAGUCGUCUGCUCAAGUCAUAAGGUUGAUACUAUCGUCAGUAUCUGUAAUGCACUCCUCAAUGGGAGGCAACCCAUCAACGUCAAUGCGUUCGACAGUUCUGGGGUGACGGCGUUGAUGCUCGCCGCAGAGUUAGAAGAGUUGCCUGUCGUACGGUGGCUACUCAAUAACGGUGCUGACGUCAACAUGCUGGACGACCAGAACAGAAGUGCAAUAUAUUAUGCUGUCUCUGCCGGCUCUACCACUGCGGUGGAAGAGCUACUGAAGUUCGGGCCAAAUCUGGCUUGCCUCCACACCUCUGUAAAGCAGCCGAUUUUGGCCACCGCAAUCCGGAAUCCCCAGAUCUUAGAGAUUCUUCUUCGUACAGGAGUAGAUCUCGAUCUGGCUGACGCCGACGGGUGCACCGCUAUCAACGAAGCCUCUACUCAGGGCGUGACAGAUGCUGUCAAGCUGUUGAUUGAGAAGGGGGCGGACAUCAACCAUACAGAUAAUCAAGGGUGGUCACCCAUCUGCGAUGCUGUGGGCUACGUCCACAAUCCCGCUAUGGUGCGGCUACUUGCCGACCAUGGUGCUAAGUUAGAUGUUACAAUGGAGGAUAAGAGCCUCCUACAUCUAGCUCUUGGCGGGCCCCCCGAUAUCCUAAAAACUUUGCUUGAGUUCCGUAAAGCCCUCGACAUCAACGCUAAAGACAAGAAAAAAUGCACAGCACUCCACGUUGCGGCUGAUUGCAGCUAUACCGAACACUUGAAGAUUCUCCUCAGAGCAGGAGCCGACGUCAACGCGCGCGACAUCGCGGAGGAGACUCCUCUGCAUAAGGCUGCACGAGAUUCUAACUCAGACGCCUUAUCCUGUCUUCUUCGUGAGCCAGAUAUGGAAGUAAAUAGUAUUGCGCCCAAGGAGGACAGCCCUCUUCACAUCGCCUGCAGAUGGCUCAAUUUCAAGGGCGUCCGCACUCUCCUCUGCCACGGAGCCAAUGUCCAUGUGGCCAGUGCCAACAGCUUCUGCAGCACGCCGCUGAUGGCGGCCCUGUUGUCAUAUCACGGGCCGGACCACGAAGAUGCCGCGACGAUAGACGUCAUCGCUCGCACGCUCGUAUUCCACCGGGCGAGCGAGAAUGCAGGAGCGAAUGUGCAGCAGGAAGUGCACGGCAGCCGCUUCUACACGGCGCUCUCGGCGGCGUGUCUGGGCGCCAGCGUGCGGACGCUGAAUUUUCUGUUGGAGCAAGGCGCCUCGGCCCAGGUGCGGGACCCCGUUUCGGGCCGCUUCCCGCAUCACUUCGCCGCCGCGAACGGGAUCGAUAAUUUUCGGUCCAUCAUGCUAUCGUAUAACGACGACAUGAUGGUAUCCGACAAAGCAGGCAAGAAUUGCAUCCAUUGGGCGGCCCAAUUCGGUAAUCUCAACACUAUUUUGUUCAUCCUAGCCCGACUCCGCGACACCGGAUCGCAAGAAAGGGUAAUGCAGUACAUCAAUCAGCCCGACAGUGACGGAUGGACUCCUUUAUGCUGGGCAGCACGCCCAUGGCCAAAUACCUUGUUCGAAUGGACGCGGUCAGAGAAGCGAGACUUUGCUGGUGUCAUCCGCACGCUCCUGGAGAACGGGGCCAAUCGCACUGUGCAAUGCGCGCUUGGGAAUGGCUGGGUCAUUGAGAGACCCGACAUACUGACGCCGUUGGAGCUUGCGCGGUGGUGUAAGGCUGAUGACGACGUCAUCAACCUGCUUCGAUAUGGCGUGGAAGGAGAAUCCAGGCCACGCGAUGAAGAGAGCAGUCAACCAGUGCGGAGAUAUGUGCUCCAUACUAUCACGUGUGAUAUCUGCUUGAAUCGCGAUGACGAAGAACACAGGUUUGCACUGGAUUCCGAGCUGAGGGAGUACCGGGAUCCACCGCUCCCUUUCCCCUUGGGUGGUGAGAAGGACAUAGAAUUAUGGUUUGAUGCGCAGGGGCAACGGCUUGAGGCUAAACCCGACCAGACGGGUGAUUUAUGGAACAGCGAGGACCUUGAUGGCAUCGAAAUGGAUUCAGACAUCAUCGAUAUGGACUGGACAGCAUAG